AUGUUGGCUUCGUCCCCUUCACCCUCGUCGGCCGCGCUACGCUCUGGCUCCGCCCACCCACAUUAUGAAAGUGCUCCACAGUUUAGUAGCCCUCGUUCAUCUCGCCUGGCCAUUGAGGAGCUCCGUUCGGCCUUGAAUCGCCAUACCGUCGAUCCCGCCUCCCCUGAUUCCCCCGCCGCCCUCCAACGUCGACGCGCUUCUGCAGUCGAUCCCUCUGCCCCCAGCGCUGCCUUGGCUUCUUCAUCCCACAGCGUGUCCGCCACUCCUUCCACUGCCACCCUUCCUACAGCCACACCAUCUGGCCCUGUGAUUCCACCACCUACCCCGUCAGUCUCAAUGCCCGCCCCGGACAAUUCGGGGGGCUCCAAUAAGCGCAACAGCCAGAGUGACCACCACUCCCCGAAUGCGCCUUCGGCGGGCACAUCGGGUGGUCAAGAUGUGGAGGUGUCGCAGACCAAACGUUUGCGCCCCUCUGCGCCCAGCGUCAAGAUCCUGCCCGCCCAAUACGAACUGGCUGAUCCCCGUGACCUGGUUGUGCUGAUUUCCAGCAUGCUUAUGGAGCUGAUUCGCUUCAAUGACAAAAUUCCCCUGCAUCAGGGGCGUUUGACGCGCUUCCACUCCCGAUCGCCCCCUCGGAUCUCCGUGCAGGAUUACCUGCAGCGUCUGGCAACGCAUGCCACCCUCUCGCCACCCAUCCUUCUCAGCAUGGUCUACUACAUUGACCGUCUCUGCGCAUUAUAUCCCUCCUUCACUGUUUCCAGUCUCACCAUCCACCGUUUCUUGAUCUCCAGUGCCACCGUCGCCAGCAAAGGAUUGAGUGACAGCUUCUGGACCAACAAGACUUACGCUCGAGUCGGCGGUAUCAGCAUGAACGAGUUAGCCAUGUUAGAACUCGAGUUCCUCUUCCGCGUGCAGUGGCGCAUCGUGCCACAACCCGAGGUCCUGGUCGAUUAUUACCAGAGCCUGGUAGAACGAUGUGAAGGGUUUGAGAUUGAGCGCAAUGGCAGUACCACCACCACCGCCACCACGACUCCGGCAGCAUGA